AUGACCCGUAACGGAUACGUUCUUUUGUUAAGUUUGGCCUGUGUUUUUACAACUACCUAUGGGUUGAUCCAAUGUACUCAGAUCAAGUUGCCAAGUAACUUGGCAACUGCUGGUCACAAGCAGUUUCUCACUAAUAUCUCUGCUGUUGUUACAAUUGUCAAUGGUGCCCUGAAUACUGUAAACCAAUUGCUUGGCAAUAAGGGAACCCUACACUUCUGGUCAAGAGAAUUUACGUUUCCAAUAGCAACAUGUCUCGAAACUAUCGUAUGCGUCAUAUAUUGGCCACUAAGAAUAUUUUUCAUUCCCUUGAUCAUGCAUGGCGUUCAAGAUUCCAGCCGCUCUCCAUUACCAAUGCAUGUCGAUAUAGCGAUACAUUUGUUACCUAUCAUUUACUUAUGCUUGGAUUACUUCUUCUUGAAGGAGGCACCAUUCCAAAUCGCUGGGUGGAAAGUUUUCUUGUCGCUGCCACUGUUGGGACUUACUUACAGGAUCUAUCUUGAUUCUAUCAUCGGACCAAGUGGUAGUUAUCCAUAUCCGUUCUUGGAUGUCCCAGAACCAUAUAAAUCUGUCAUCUUCGUAACUGUCUCAUUGUCCUCCGGUGGGUUGUACAUUUUGUACCAAAAGUUUCACAGAAACCAACGUUCUGUUUCACUUAAGAGGGAUUGA